CAACCACAUUGCUAACCAGUCCACUCGUACACAUAAAAGGACUAGGAAACCUAGCUAGCUUGCUAUAAAACAAGGGGGAGGAAACAAAUAAGGAAAACAAAGGACUUUGUAAUCCAACGGGACAUAGCUACAUUUCCGUUAGCUGUUCAAGCACAUCGGUGGAGAGUGAAAAGAUCGAGUUUGCAGGACUGUGCACUCGCUGCUUGGUCGACCACGGUAACUCGCCACCAUGCCGUUCCCCUUUGGCAAGUCCCACAAGUCGCCGGCGGACAUCGUCAAGAACCUGAAGGACAACAUGACGGUGUUGGAGAAACAUGACAUCUCUGACAAGAAGGCUGAGAAGGCCACAGAGGAGGUGUCUAAGAGCCUGGUUGCGAUGAAGGAGAUUCUGUAUGGCACUAAUGAGAAGGAGCCCCAGACAGAGGCUGUGGCCCAGCUGGCUCAGGAGCUCUACAACAGCGGCCUGCUCAGCACCCUCGUAGCUGACCUGCAGCUCAUCGACUUUGAGGGUAAGAAGGAUGUGGCUCAGAUCUUCAACAACAUUCUGAGACGUCAGAUCGGGACACGGACGCCCACGGUGGAGUACCUCUGCACUCAGCAGAACAUCCUCUUCAUGCUGCUCAAAGGGUACGAGUCUCCAGAGAUCGCUCUGAACUGUGGCAUCAUGCUGAGGGAGUGUAUCAGGCACGAGCCACUGGCCAAGAUCACCCUGGGGGCCGAGCAGUUCUACGACUUCUUCAGAUAUGUGGAGAUGUCCACGUUCGACAUCGCUUCAGACGCAUUUGCAACUUUUAAAGACUUGCUAACGAGACACAAGAUUUUGAGUGCAGAGUUCCUGGAGCAGCAUUACGACAGGUUCUUCAGUGAAUAUGAGAAGUUACUCCACUCAGAGAACUACGUGACUAAAAGGCAGUCCCUCAAGUUGCUGGGAGAGCUUCUUCUCGAUCGACACAAUUUCACCAUCAUGACUAAAUACAUCAGCAAGCCAGAGAACCUCAAGCUAAUGAUGAACCUUCUUCGAGACAAAAGCCGCAACAUCCAGUUUGAGGCCUUCCACGUCUUCAAGGUGUUUGUGGCCAACCCCAACAAGACACAGCCCAUCUUGGACAUUCUUCUGAAGAACCAGACCAAACUCAUCGAGUUCCUCUCCAAGUUCCAGAACGACAGGACGGAGGACGAACAGUUCAACGAUGAAAAGACGUAUCUGGUCAAACAGAUCAAAGAUCUGAAGAGGCCAGCUCCACAGGAGGCCUGAGGGAAGGGCUUAAGGUGUCCAGACAACAUCUGGAUAACAGACUUGUCAGCAGCUGCUGCUGUUCUAGUUUUUCCACCAUUUGAGGAAAUGAAAC